AUGACCAAACACAAGGCCGCUGCCACUACGAAGGCUACGGGACGGCAGCCGUCUUUGGGUCGCCGCAUCCUGCAAAUGAGUUUCCGCACACAUCUUUUGAUCUCGGCGCUGCUACGCGUUGUUCUAAUAUGCUACGGACAUAUACACGAUAGUAGGUCUCCGGUUCCCUAUACAGAUAUUGACUACAAGGUGGUCACGGAUGGUGCCCGGCAGGUCUUAGCCGGCGGAAGCCCAUUUUCUAGGCACACGUACCGCUACAGUCCGAUUAUGGCGUACAUACAAACCUUGAACAUCCUCCUACAUCCUGCGUGGGGCAAACUGGUCUAUGCCACCUUCGAUCUACUCAUCGCCGUACUCAUUUACCGCCUGGUGCACAUGGAGAUCAAGAGUCAGUACCAGAAAACCGUACAACACCUGCUCAGCAAGUUCAACAGGCCCCGGGAGUCGGACCAGUCGCUGGAUGCUUUGGAUGAGAAGAGUCAUCCCGAAAACUUGGCUCGCGCCUCCGCGUGCUUUUGGCUCUACAAUCCUUUGACGGCUGUAAUAUCCACCCGGGGCAGCGGCGAUUGCUUCUCCAGUUUCUUUGUGAUCCUGACCAUCUAUCUGCUGAUGAGAUCGGAGCACAAGGAGUCUAAGAGUUUGUGGCUUAUCUUUUGCGCGGGCUUAGCCCACGGUCUGGUGAUCCACCUUCGCCUUUACCCCCUGCUGUUUAGCUUGGGAUACUACCUGGCGCUGUCCACCAGGCUGACGCGGACUCCUCUAGAUUUCUUGUGGCAAAUCUUGCGCCCCAACACGCAGCAACUGUGCCUGGUAGUUGGCACCAUUCUGAGCCUAGUGGCCUUAACCUGGACCUUUUAUUUGAUGUACGGCUGGGAGUACAUCUACGAGGCUUACCUCUACCACUUUGUGCGCAAGGACCCCCGCCACAACUUCUCUGUGCAGUUCCUGAUGCAGUACCUAGGUAGUACCGCGGAUACCUCGGUCCUUGUGAAGUUUCUUGUAAUGGCCCCACAGCUCUUGCUUGUCCUCUACUUGAGCCUGAGCUUAGGCCAGUUCCGGCAGACGCUCCCCUUCUGCAUCUUCACCGUGGCCUUUGUGAUAGUCACCUACAACUCGGUGGUGACUUCGCAAUACUUUAUCUGGUAUCUGGCUAUCCUGCCGCUGUGCCUAAACAACUUUAAGCGGCUCUCGUGGGGGAAGUGCUUUAGCCUCCUGGGCUGGUGGCUGCUCGCCCAGGCGCUGUGGCUCCUUCCAGCCUAUCUUUUGGAGUUCCGGACGUGGAACACCCUCUACUGGAUCGGAGUGCAAGGCGCCAUCUUCUUCGCCACCAAUGGCUACAUCCUGGAGCAGCUUCUGAGCCAUUAUGGGUUCACCCAAUUUAAGAUAAGCUAUAGGAAGUUAUUAUAAAGCAAUCACACAACUUCAAGUAGAUGCGAAUAGUUUUGAAUAAGAGUUUAUUGCUACAAUAAAGUAAAAUUUUAAUUGAAAGGA